AUGCCUAGUCUAGUGGUAUCUGGAAUAAUGGAAAGAAAUGGGGGCUUUGGAGAACUAGGAUGUUUCGGGGGAAGCGCUAAGGACCGAGGGCUGCUGGAAGACGAGCGCGCCCUUCAGCUGGCUCUUGAUCAACUCUGCCUCCUGGGUUUGGGGGAGCCCCCCGCCCCCACGGCGGGCGAGGACGGGGGAGGUGGGGGGGGCGGCGCCCCCGCGCAGCCUGCCGCCCCCCCGCAGCCGGCCCCGCCGCCGCCGCCCGCGGCGCCCCCGGCCGCCCCGACAGCGGCCCCCGCGGCGCAGACGCCCCAGCCCCCCACCGCCCCCAAAGGGGCGAGCGACGCCAAGCUCUGCGCUCUCUACAAAGAGGCCGAGCUGCGCCUGAAGGGCAGUAGCAACACCACGGAGUGUGUACCCGUGCCCACCUCUGAGCACGUGGCCGAGAUCGUGGGCAGACAAGGCUGCAAGAUUAAGGCUUUGAGGGCCAAGACCAACACCUACAUCAAGACACCGGUUCGGGGCGAGGAGCCUGUGUUCAUGGUGACAGGGCGGCGAGAGGACGUGGCCACAGCCCGUCGGGAGAUCAUCUCAGCAGCUGAGCACUUCUCUAUGAUCCGCGCCUCCCGCAACAAGUCAGGAGCAGCCUUCGGUGUGGCCCCUGCACUGCCGGGCCAGGUGACCAUCCGUGUGCGAGUGCCCUACCGAGUAGUGGGCCUGGUGGUGGGCCCCAAGGGGGCAACCAUCAAGCGCAUCCAGCAGCAGACCAACACGUACAUUAUCACGCCGAGCCGGGACCGGGAUCCGGUGUUCGAGAUCACUGGUGCCCCGGGGAACGUGGAGCGUGCGCGCGAAGAGAUCGAGACGCACAUCGCCGUGCGCACGGGCAAGAUCCUCGAGUACAACAAUGAGAACGACUUCCUGGCCGGGAGCCCCGACGCCGCGCUCGACAGCCGCUACUCGGACGCCUGGCGGGUCCACCCACCAGGCUGCAAGCCGCUCUCCACCUUCAGGCAGAACAGUCUGGGCUGCAUUGGCGAGUGUGGAGUGGACUCUGGCUUUGAGGCCCCGCGCCUGGGCGAGCAAGGCGGGGACUUUGGCUACGGCGGAUACCUGUUUCCGGGCUACGGCGUGGGCAAGCAGGACGUGUACUACGGCGUGGCCGAGACUAGCCCCCCGCUGUGGGCGGGCCAGGAGAACGCCACGCCCACCUCAGUGCUCUUCUCCUCCGCCUCCUCCUCCUCCUCUUCUUCGGCCAAGGCCCGGGCUGGGCCGCCCGGCGCACACCGAUCUCCUGCCACCUCUGCAGGACCCGAGCUGGCUGGACUCCCCAGGCGCCCGCCAGGAGAACCGCUCCAGGGCUUCUCUAAACUCGGGGGAGGCGGCCUGCGGAGCCCCGGUGGCGGGCGUGAUUGCAUGGUGUGCUUUGAGAGCGAAGUGACUGCCGCCCUCGUGCCCUGCGGACACAACCUGUUCUGCAUGGAGUGUGCAGUACGCAUCUGCGAGAGGACGGACCCGGAGUGUCCCGUCUGCCACAUCACAGCCACGCAAGCCAUCCGAAUAUUCUCUUAA